AUGGAUUUGAGCCCAGAGCCCGCGAAACUACCUAAGUUUCGAGUUUUGUUACUUCAUGGUUUCGCUGCCAACGGAUCUGAUAUUAAAGCCAAAACAACACCUAUUACGCAGAGUAUCACCGAGCUGAUAACCCCUGAAGUUUUGACCGAGUUUCCAGGAGGUAUUGAGUUUUUGAUUCCGGAUGCGCCCUUGGUUCUCGAGCCCCCGAUAGGGUUUGGGUGGAAUAGCGAGGACUUUUUUGACGACGACGAUUAUGAGGCAAGCGACAAGGAAAGUAUAAGAGCUGAGAAGCAACGAGAGCAAACCACUUUGGGCUGGUGGUAUGGCCGAGAUACCGUGAGUAGUUACAGGGGCAUCGAAACCUCACUUUCCGCCGUAGCCAAAUUUAUUCAUGGAAGGCCUAUCCAUGGAGUCAUUGGGUUCUCGCAAGGAGGCGCCAUGGCAGGCAUGGUCUGCUCACUAGUCGAUUGCCACGAUAACCCAGACAAGAUCACCGCUAUCCGGGCGCAGGGCCUUCCCGUGGAUGACUAUCUAUCUUUACCAGCCCAGGAGCGACUAAGAUUUAUGAUGGCAAUUGGAGGAUACCAGGGUACAUUGAAAUAUUAUGGCAGUCUUUACCAGUGGCCAAUGCAAACGCCGAGCAUUCACACACUCGCUAGUAUGGAUGCAGUGGUGGAACACGCCCUAUCCAUGGACAUAGCACGAUCUUUCACGUCUUACGAAAUCGUCGAAUAUUAUGGCUCUCACUUCGUCCCUCGAGAUCCCACAACCGUAAAUGCCCUGGCACGCUUUGUUGUGAAUGCGUCUGUCGCUGCCAUCGGUCACAUCCUGGAAACGGAGAAGAAGAUGGGGUCCCAGGAGCCGAUGCACCCGAUUUUCGGCUACUCCGACAAAGAUGGGGAAAUAACCACAAUACAACGAAGUCAAUGUUACCUAGGCCUAUACCGAAUAUCGAUUGUCACAGCUCUACUUUGA